AUGGGAGCAAAGCUGCCGCCGUUUACACCAACGCCAUCUGAAACCCUCUCUACUCACUAAUCCCAAAAUGCCUCACUCUCAUGACCUCUCUUACUCUUUAAACCCCAACAACCUGCACGACCCCACCAACCACAACAACUCCGGCCUUUUCGUCACCGGGGGUUUGUUCCUGGAGCCCACCAUCCCCAAUUCCGUACUCAAUUCCGUGUCGUUUAGAAGGACCUCAAACGCCGCCGUUUCCGGGUCGGGUCAUGGGACCCGGCUGAGGUUGAGGAGCGGUGCUUUUUUGUCUGUGAGUUUCAGGGGCGAUGGGGUUGUGAGGGAGGCGAAAGCUGGGUGUCUGGUGCAGAACGGCGAUGAGGAAGCGGCGGCAGUUGCGGUUGCGGUUGCGGUGGUGGUUGGAGAGGAGAAGAGAGAGAAAGUGGUGGUUAGGGGAGGAAGGGCCAUGAACACCACUAAGCAUCUGUGGGCCGGCGCCAUUGCUGCCAUGGUUUCCAGGACGUUUGUUGCACCACUUGAGAGACUAAAGCUGGAGUAUAUAGUUCGUGGCGAACAGAGGCAUCUAUUUGAGCUUGUUAAGAGCAUAGCGGUGUCUCAGGGUGUGAGGGGCUUUUGGAAGGGGAACUUGGUCAAUAUUCUUCGAACAGCUCCGUUUAAAGCAAUCAAUUUCUACGCAUAUGAUACUUACAGAAAACAGUUGCUUAGAUUUUCGGGGAAUAAGGAGACUACACAUUUUGAGAGGUUUGUGGCUGGUGCAGCAGCUGGAAUUACUGCUACAAUUCUCUGCUUACCUCUUGACACAAUUCGAACAAAGCUAGUGGCUCCUGGUGGGGAAUCCUUGGGUGGUGUCAUUGGUGCUUUUCACCACAUGAUCCAGUCUGAAGGGUUUUUUUCCCUUUAUAAGGGCUUAGUACCAUCAAUAGCAAGCAUGGCACCUUCAGGUGCUGUUUUCUAUGGUGUGUAUGAUAUAUUAAAAUCAGCUUACUUGCAUUCACCGGAUGGAAGGAAAAGAAUUAAGAACAUGAACAAGCAUGGCGAGCGCCUGAACGCUUUUGACCAACUGGAGUUGGGACCCGUUAGGACAUUACUCUAUGGAGCUAUUUCUGGCGCCUGUGCAGAAGCUGCCACUUAUCCAUUUGAAGUUGUGAGGAGACAGCUUCAAUUGCAAUCCCAGGCUACUAAAAUGAGUACCUUGGCAACUUUUAUUAAGAUAGUUGAACGAGGAGGUGUUCCAGCACUUUAUGCAGGACUUGUUCCCAGCUUGUUACAGGUACUUCCAUCCGCCUCAAUAAGUUAUUUUGUCUAUGAGUGCAUGAAAAUUGUUCUCAAGGUAGAAUGAAGAAUUAAGUGGAACAUUUGGAGGAAUAUGAUUGGAUAUUUCACAGUGACUCUGACUGGAGCACCGGCUAUAUAUUCAGCUUAGUAGGAUUGUAGUCACACUUUAGCUCUUACCAGUAAUGUUCUUGAAAGACCGUUGUAAUAGGCAAGAAGAAGAAAUACUACACGCCCCUGCACAUCUUUAUCUCUCAUUUGAUGCUCUGCAUUUGCAAUUCAACCCAUUGCUCACUGCCGAUUUGACUUCAUUCUCAAGAAACUUUACACAGUAGGAAAUAGCAAGGCUUGGUGCUACUCUAGACGUGUGCUAUCACAUUCUCACAUUGGGAACCAGAGUGGUGAGCCUGCUCCAUACAUACCCCCAUUUGAUUUUGGCCUUGAAGCACAUGCCUUAGAAGUUAGAACAGGAGGUGAUUAGCUGUUUGCUGCCCUCAUUCACAUUAGUAAACACACCAUGGUUGGUACUGAAGAAUUGGAAAAUUAUGGCUUUGAGACCAUAUAUUGCACAAUGUUUUUGUUGCGUAGAACUAGUUUUAAUCUGUCGAAAAUACCCUAGUCACUCAUUGCGUGCUAAAUACUGGUAGAAUGUGCUUAUGGAUGGUUUGUUUUGGUAAACAUUAUACAUCAAAGGAUGAUGUUUGCCCUUAUGUGCACAUGGAAAUUGAUUCCUCCCCACACUUACCUGC